CGGAACUCUUCCCCUAGCGUUUCAAUCUUUCCCUUUCUUUCGUUGUUCUUCUCGUUCUAGCCCUACGCCUUGAUUUAAUUCGGCGUCAGUUGGUAUCGGAGCAGGUUCGACGAAUAAAGGAAGAUCUUCCUUCAACAUCAAUGGUGCGUGCACGAGGUUGCGGAUGUGGGCAACCUAUGGGUGGCGAACCCCCCCGACGAGAGCAGCGCCUUGACGACGUGGAGGUGAUAACAGAUCUACAGCGGCAGAACGAGAUUAUGCGGCAGCAAAUCGUAGAACUCACGCAGCGCCUGGCGGUGCGGGAUUUGGAGGAUCAUGAGGAGUCAGAUCAGGGCUCCCAAUCAUCGUUUGAGAACCUGUAUCAUCGCGAACCUCGCAGACGUGAUUUUCGCGUCCGUGAUGACUAUCGCGGAGGGUUAGGGUUUAAGGUGGAAAUCCCUAGUUUUUCAGGAACCCUGCAGGCCGAUGAUUUCAUUGACUGGCUGAACGAGGUGGAUCGUAUCUUCGAGUAUAAGGACGUUCCAGAUCGUGACAAAGUGAAGCUUGUGGCGAUCAAACUCCAUGGACGAGCCUCUGCAUGGUGGGAACAAAUGCGGCGAACUCGUGAGAAGAAGGGUAAGCCAAAGAUCAAUGAUUGGGAGAAGAUGAAGGGUAAGAUGAGGGCACACUUUCUUCCCUUCGGAUACACACAAACCCUAUUUCAGCGACUCCAUACGUUGAGGCAGGGAACAAGGUCCGUUGAUGAUUACACAGAAGAAUUCUACCAGUUGAUUGCCUGCAACGAUCUAUCUGAAUCGGAGGAGCAGCUUGUGGCCCGAUACAUGGCAGGCUUGCGUCAGUCCUUGCAGGAUGUUCUCAACCUCCAUUCAUUAUGGACUGUUUCUGAGGCAUACAAAAGGGCCCUUGCAGUUGAGAAGCAGCAGAACAGGAAGUCGGUGACCAACAACCGUCCGGCUCGACCCCAAGAGCCUCGACUGACCACACAAGGAGUCCAAGGGACGCAAGGAGCUUCGAGUAGUACGAUUAAGUGCUAUCGUUGUGGUGAAUCUGGACAUAGGGCGAAUGAAUGCAAGAAACCCGCUCUACAGAAGAGCAAGAGCCUGUUCGUGGAGGAGAACAUCGUUGUUGACGAUGAUGAAGUUGAAGAGUUUGGAGGUCCAGCCUAUGAUGAUUAUGCAGAAGAUGAUGUUCUUUAUGGGGAUGGUCGAGAGAAUUUGGUUGUGCGCAAGAGUCUUCUGGCCCCAAAGGAUGAUUCUAAAGAUGAUUGGUUGAGGACAAACAUCUUCCACACAACCUGCACCAUUGGAGGAAAAAACCCAUCCGGGUUGUUGGACUUGGCCCCAAUUCCACGAGUGGGUCGCAGUCAUCCUAGAGCCGAAGAGAUGACAGAGAACCUGAGGAGCAUACAUGAUCAGGUGAGACGUAAGAUUGAAGAAAGCAACAACAAGUACAAGGCACGGGUGGACAAACAUCGACGUCAAGUUCUGUUUGAUGUUGGAGACUUUGUUUGGGCUGUGUUGACCAAGGAUCGAUUCCCUGUUGGCGAGUAUGAUAAACUCAAGGAUCGGAAAAUUGGACCCUACGAGAUAGUUCAGAGGAUCAAUGAUAAUGCUUACCGAUUGCGGCUUCCCAGUCACUUGAAAACUUCUGAUGUUUUCAAUGUGAAGCACCUAACUCCUUGUUUUUUGGAUUCUAAAGAUGAUGAUGUGAACUCGAGGACGAGUUCUUUCCAACCCGGGGAGACUGAUGCAGGAGAGGAUCAAGACUAACAUGAACUCUUUGUUAAGGCCUUCAUUUUUAAAUUUGUGUCUUUGGGCCUUUGUCCUAUCUUUUAGUUAGCCCAUUUAUUUUUAUUCUUAGGCCCGUUUUGUCUUCCAUCUUUUAGGGUUUCACUCCCUUCGUUUUUCAGCUAUUUAUAGCCCGCCUUGUGGGCAUAUUUCAGGCAGACUAUCAUUAUU